AUGAAGUCGAAGAGUUUGUUUAUUUUCAUUACCUACCUUGCCGGCGCAGCCGUGGCCAAGCCCAAGCCUGAUCACCAGGAGGUUGACGUUGCCAUCAUUGGUGGUGGUGCGACAGGUUCUUAUGCUGCUGUCAGACUCCGUGAAGACUACGGAAAGAGUGUUCUCGUCAUUGAGAAAGAAAACAGGCUUGGCGGCCACGUUCAUGCCUACCAGCCCGAAGGCGGAGACAGGCCAAUCAACUACGGAGUUCAAGCUUACCUGAACCGAGAGAAGACCAGGGCUUUCUUCGAGCGAUUUGAUGUCGGCCUGAUUGACCCAGAUGCAAAGAGCGGGUUCGAUCUUCUUUUCGCCACCAAGGAUAUCGACUUCACUACUGGAAAGACUGUUGAUGCUGACUACGGGCUUAUCAACUCAACUGUCGCAUUGAUUGAGUACAUUGCCCUGGCAGUCAAGUAUCAGCCAUGGUUCGAAAAUGGUUAUUUCAAGAAGGGCAAAAUUCCAGCCGACCUUCUCUUGCCCUUUGGAGAGUUCCUCGACAAGCACAACAUUGGCAGCUCUCUUGAAAUUCUUCGCACAUUUAUCUGGCUUUCUGAUGCAGUGAAUACACCUACCUGGUUUGUCCUGGCUGUUGUUGGACAACCCCAACUCGCCGCUCUCGGUUUUGGUCUGGCAGGCCCAUCUUUCAAGUGGCCCGAGACUUAUUCUUCAGAAACACUCUACGACCGCGUUCUCGACCUCAUGAAAGAUGACGUCCUUCUCGAAAGCACGGUAGUCUCCAGCAGUCGCAAGGCCAACGGCGUCGACUUGGUCAUCCAAACACCAAACGGAAAGAAGCAUGUCAAAGCGAAGAAACUUCUUAUCGCAGCAACUCCCUCCCCUGGCAAUACCGACGCAUGGGAUCUCGACAAGAACGAAAAGUCAAUCUUCUCCAAAUUCACUUGGGAAAGACUUUACGUCAGUGUUGUUGGCAAGACCAGCUUGCCCUCCGAUGUUCCCGGCAUUCGCAACACGUGGGACAACCCCAGCAACUUUUACCUUCCUCAAGGUGACUUUGUUGAUGCGUACACUCGCGCAGGCGAUAAGGACGUCUGGACUACGCGUGUCCUUGGCCGUGCCAGUCUGACCGCCGAAAAAGCAAAGUCUAUGAUCAAACAGGUCUUCACCAACAUUGAUACAGCGGGAACAUAUGAUGUUACUGACCCCACCAUCCUGGCUUUCGCAUCACACGGACUCACUGUGCCCAAAGUGUCACCCAAGGAACUAUCUGAUGGAUUCUACCAGAAGCUUUAUGCUCUGCAAGGCCAGCGCAACACAUUCUGGACUGGACUCAGCUGGGCUCCCGACUACACUCCGAUCUUGUGGGAUUUUACUGAGAAGCUUUUCCCUCAGAUCUUGUCUGGUAUCUAG